GUAACAUCAUACUAACAUGUGCAACCGCAUGGCUUUUCUCAUCUACACUAACUUGGUGGAAAAUGACCAACCUGUAGAACACCUCCCUUCCUAAGUCUCUCGGUUGAUUCAACGUGGCAGAACUUAUCCCUAUGUACAAUUGACCGCUACCAGCUUUUCACCCGUCCCGGAAUCAUAGCACCAGAUGUCCCCUUCUUUAGUGCCAGUUUCCGAAUCGGCACCCACGCCCUUUGAUCGUCUAAAUUAUAGCACGCCGCCGUUCAAAAUCCUGACAACACCUCCUGAUUUUCUGUCCACGAUCAUCACAGCCCAACUUCAAUGACCUCCCAUGCCACCCACGAUCCAAUAUGACCUUCUCCCACAGCCGUAGCGGCUUGAGCAGUUCAGCCACGUCCUCACGAGCGACCAGUCGAGCCGGCAAUGAGCGGACCAGUAGCUACGAAGGCACGGACAGCGACCAUGCGAAUGUCCUCAACAGUAUCAAUCAUGGUGAUCUUGGACGAAAGCACGACGAUGAGGAGGCGCCGAUGGAGAAGGAUAUGAUCGAGGAUCGUGAUCCAACUCCGCAUUCGCAAACCGGCAUUAUCCGGGCUUCCUUUUGGAUCGUGGUGAACACAUUGGCCACUAUUGGCAUUGUUUUUACGAACAAGGCCAUCUUCUCCGACCAGUCGCUGAAAUUAGCGCAACUGACAUUUGCGGCCUUCCAUUUCUUCAUGACUUGGUUGCUGCUAUAUACCCUCUCGCGGCCUCAGUUUGCCUAUUUUGUCCCACGAAGGACAACGAUCCGAGAGGUUAUUCCCUUGUCUAUCGCUAUGUCGUUAAACGUGAUCCUGCCAAAUUUCUCGCUAGCGUACUCCUCUAUCACCUUUUAUCAGGUUGCGCGCAUAUUGCUUACCCCAAUCGUCGCCUCUAUAGACUUUUUCUUAUACCACACAAUGCUGCCUAGAGAUGCUAUUGUGGCCCUUGUUCCUGCUUGUGUAGGGGUUGGCGUCGUAUCGUAUUAUGACUCGCUACCCAGUGACAAUGCAAAUGUCAAGACAACGUCCAGCAUAGGAGUUAUCUUCGCCUUCUGUGGCAUCUUCGCAUCCUCACUUUAUACGGUUUGGAUCAAGAGCUAUCAGCGAAAACUAAAAAUAUCGAGCAUGCAGCUACUAUUCAACCAAGCACCGGUUUCUGCAUUUCUCUUACUCUACGUAAUCCCUUUUGUUGAUACUUUCCCCACAUGGUCGCAGGUCCCUCUCAAUCGGUGGCUUAUGAUACUUAUGUCUGGGAUGUUUGCCGCCUUGAUUAACCUGUCACAAUUCUUCAUCGUUGGCCAAACAGGACCGGUAUCAAGUACAGUGGUGGGACAUCUUAAAACUUGCCUCAUUAUUGCUCUCGGCUGGAUUACUUCUGGGCGGUCAGCCGGGGACAAGUCUAUUGUCGGCGUUUUCGUUGCAGUAGGCGGCAUUAUCUCUUACUCUGUUGUUAUGCUUCGACAUACGGCUCGAACGUCCAAAUAAAGGAUUCAUAUUAGCAGUCUAAGGGUAUCUAUCGGAGUUCUGGUGUUUAAAUGGCGUCUGCGACUGAAAGAGGAGAGGCAAAGCCCCGUUUCUUUUACAGCUGGCUAUGUAUGGGCAACGAGGGGUGUUCAUUUAUGUUGCAUUGUCGUAUGUCGCUUGGGUUGCUUCACGGCGUAGAGAAUAGCU